AUGGAUUUUCAAUUAAAUACGAAAAAUCUUCCCCCACCACCACCACCACCAUCAUCAUCAUCAUCAUCAUUGGCGGCGGCGGCGGCGGCAUCAUCAACAAUGAAACGAUCUUUUCACGGAAGAAAGCUUCAAUAUCAAGAAAAGGUUCUUGAACAAUCGAUUUUACCUCAGCAAACAGCAAUAUUAUCACCCACAUAUUUAACAGCUGAUAGGGCUUGGAAAACAGUAGCAACCAUUGUUACACACAAACCCGGACAUGAUCAAAAGAGACAGGAAAUGGAAUUAAAAAAUAUUGGCAAAGUGGGUAUGGUCAAACGAAAACAAUUUCUACAAAAAAGAGAUAUUAGUCGAUCACAUGAGGUAAUAGCGAUGAUUUUUCUAGUGUUAUAA